AUGGCGAGCCGUUCCUACUGCUUCAGCUCCAGCUGCCGGGUCAGGAACUUCAGCUCCUGCUCCGUCGUCACGCCCAAGCCUGGGGCUUGCAGCUGCAGCAGUGCCAUGGCUCAUUGUGGGGGCAGUCCUGGGGGGCUGGGCUACAGGUGCCUCGGAGGCUUUGGCAGCGGGAGCCUGUGUGCAGUGGGGUCCCCCCACAUUGUGGUGAGUUGUGCACGGCCCCUACACAGCGGACCCAGCUUUGGCUAUUGGGCAGGGGGCCUUUGCAGGCAGCCCCCCUGUAUCAUGACUGUGACAGUCGACGAGACCCUCCUCAUGCCCCUCAACCUGGAGAUCGACUCCAACGCGCAGUGCGUCAAGCACGAGGGGAAGGAGCAGAUCAAGUGCCUCAACAGCAAGUUCACUGCCUUCAUCGACAAGGUGCGCUUCCUGGAGCAGCAGAACAAGCUGCUGGAGACCAAGUGGCAGUUCUGCCAGAACCCCGAGUGCUGCGAGAGCAACGUGGAGCUGCUGUUCAACGGCUACAUCGAGACGCUGCGACAGGAGGCAGAGUGCGUGGAGGCCGAUAGUGGGAGGCCGGCCUCGGAGAUCAACCAUGUGCAGGAAGUGCUGGAGGGCUACAAGAAGAGGUAUGAAGAAGAGCUGGCUCUCAGGGCCACGACAGAGAAUGACUUCGUGAUGCUGAAGAAGGACGUAGACUGUGCCUAUCUGCACAAGGCGGACCUGGAGGCCAACAUGGAGGCACUGAGGGAGGAGACUGUCUUCCCGUGGUCUCUCUACCAGGAGGAAAUUCGCCUCCUUCAGUCACAAAUCUCUGAUACCGCGGUGCGCUGUAAGCUGGAGGCGGCUGUGACCCAGUCUGAGCAGCAGGGCGAGGUGGCCCUCAAGGAUGCCCGCUGCAAGCUGGCUGAGCUGGAGGCCGCCCUGCAGAAGGCCAAGCAGGACAUGGCCUGCCUGCUCAAGGAGUACCAGGAGGUGAUGAACUCCAAGCUGGGCCUGGACGAGGAGAUCGCGGCUUACUGCAAACUGCUGGAGGGCAAGGAGAGCUGGUGA